UGGACAUCCUUGAAGAACAAAGUAGAAGUUGUAUGCAAUUCUCAUAAGCUGAGGGAAUGGCAGAUCUGACACCAACACAUAUCAGCUGGCAGCCAUCAGUAAACGCAGGCGCACACCAUACUGACAGAUAUGCCAACACUGAGUUGACUGUGAGGCGAGGACAAGCCUUCACUAUUACCCUGUACUUCAACAGACCAAAGCACACUGGGGAGAGCCUGGCAUUUGUCACUGAAAUAGGACCAUCCCCCUCAGAAUCUCAUCGCACAAAGGCUGUAUUUAACCUCUCUGAGGUGGGGGCAAGUGGCUGGAGUGCUGUCCAAGGACCCAGCGAGUCCGGCUCUAUGAACUUUACAAUAUCCAGCCCAGCCAAUGCUGUCAUUGGACGAUACAAUCUCACCCUCCAGGUAACCUCAGGGAACAAGAUCUUCUCCAGAUUCCUGGGGCAGUUUGUGUUACUCUUCAACCCUUGGUGCCCAGGUGACGAUGUCUACAUGGCUAAUGAAAAUGAGAGACAAGAAUAUGUUCUAAAUGAAAAUGGAAUAAUCUUUGUGGGCAAUGCAAAGUACAUUGAAGCAAGAGGAUGGUACUAUGGACAGUUUCAAGAUCACCUUCUAAACAUCUGUCUCACCAUGCUUGAUCUGAGCCUGUACUAUCGUCAGGACCCCGCCAUUGAUGUAUCCCGAAGAGGAGAUCCUAAAUAUGUGGGCCGAGUAAUCAGUUCUAUGAUCAAUGGAAAUGAUAAUGAUAAUGGAGUUCUCCUGGGAAAGUGGCAAGGAAGUUUCCAUUCACAUGAGAAUCCAUCCAGAUGGGAUGGCAGUGUGGUAAUCCUCCAGAAAUGGCGUCAGGACAACUACAAGCCUGUUCAGUAUGGCCAGUGCUGGGUUUUUGCAGGCGUGAUGUGUACAGUUCUGAGGUGCUUGGGGAUUCCAACUCGUUUGGUUUCAAAUUUUAACUCUGCCCAUGAUGUGGAUAGAAACCUGAGUAUUGAUAAGUACUAUGACAGCUCUGGAAAGAGUCUUAAUAUCAGCAAGGAUUCCACAUGGGAUUAUCACGUCUGGAACGAAAGCUGGUUCAUUCGCCCAGACCUGGGAACAUCAUACAAUGGAUGGCAGGUUUUAGAUGCGACUCCACAAGAACAAAGCAAAGGAUUAUUUCAGUGUGGCCCUGCAUCUGUCAUAGCCAUCAAAGAAGGUGAUGUAGACUUGGAUUAUGACACCUUAUUUGUGUAUACGGAGGUGAAUGCCGAUUGCAACAGAUGGAUUGUAUACAAUGAUGGAACUAAGAAAAGAGUUUAUUGUGAUACUGAAAUAAUUGGCAGGUUUAUCAGCACCAAAGCUGUGGGCAGCAAUUCCCGUGUGGAUGUCACCUAUAAUUACAAAUACCCAGAAGGUUCUUCUGAGGAAAGACAAGUUUAUAAAAAGGCCUUGGCCAAGAUAUUUGGAUCAAACAUCACAGAAGGACACACAGAAUCUCCAGAUGAAAGAUCUUCAGAGACAACUAGAAACCCUGGGAUCUCUGGGAAAUUCAAGCUGGCUGAACCUCCAGUGUUCGGCAAAGACAUUACCCUAAUCUUAAUUCUCAAUAACCUAUCUUUUGACCACAAGACCGUGAAGGUGGACAUGAGUGCAUCAACCAUCCUGUACACAAGGAGAGCAGUGGCAGAGAUCCUGAAGGCAACCACUUCUGUGGAUCUUGAUUCUAAACAAGGGAAACAUAUCCAGUUAAAGAUCCCUUAUUCUUACUAUGGAAAAUAUCUGACUACUGACAAAAGGAUCCAAGUUACUGCUUUGUGUGAAGUCAUGCACAUGCAUGGGGUAAAGUUGCUGGUGGAGAAGACAAUCAUUUUAGAGGACACAAACAUUAUUAUUAAGAUUCCUCGGCGGGUUGUAGUGAACAAAGCUGUUACUCUAGAGAUCUCAUAUGCCAAUCCCCUCCCUGAACCUGUGAACCGCUGUGUACUACUAGUGACUUUGAUGAAUCAACAGGUCAAGAUACAUCUGGCACGACUGGCACCGAGGGAGAGAUCAAAAAUUUAUUUUGAAUUCACACCUCGCAGGACUGGGCCCUUACAGCUGCAAGUAGACUUCUCUUGUGACAAAUUUUCGCAUGUUAAGGGAUUUGUAACCAUUGCAGUAGCACCUGCAUAAUGUCAUGGAAUCAAUCUCCUUUUUCUGCAUCAGCAUGGCAAGACAUUCUCCUCUGUAUAGGGACAGCGAUGACAGCAAGAAACUUUGAACAAAAGUUGGUGACCUCUUACAUUGCAAUAGAAUCAAGUCUCCUGCUUUCACAGUGCUUAAGUAUUUAGUCCCUAAUUGUAUUUCUUCUUUUUUAUCCUCUUGUCUAGAAAAAUGAAGCCUCUUCCUUGUAGAAAUAGUAUCACUGUUUUAUCAAAUUUCAUUGUGUUAAGCUCCCGGUUUUGACUCUUCCAUCAGAUAAUUAAUACAGUCUCUUUUCAACCACACUCUGAUUGU